CGCACGCGUGCCGACGGGAGAGGGGAGAGAGGGAAGCUGCUCCCGCACUUUGCUCUCGGUCGCGGCACCGCGGAGAUGCCGGGCCGGGGUCCCGGGUCCGACUGGACCGAGUGCAGCAAUUCCGCAAAGCCGCCCGCUGUGCCCGGGACCGGGGGUGGCGGCAGCGGAUCAGCUGGACUUUAUUAUCAGAAUUACAAAGGUACUGUUAGAAUCAAAGAUGGACAUAGAGUGAACUCUCACAUAGCCAAGCUGCAAGAGUUAUGGAAAACGCCUCAAAUUCAAACAAUUCACAUCCCUAAAUCAAUGAAGGAUGCAUCUUUUUUAAAGCAUCCAGACCUCACCAUAGGCCAGAAGCGUUAUCUGUGCAGCAUUGCUAAAAUCUAUAAUGUAAAUUACCUGAGGACCUUGAUGAAGAGGCAGUACAUGUAUGUGAUUCAACGCAGCUUACAAAAGCCAGGUGUCCUCACUCAUCAUAAGAGCCGCCUCUGCUCUCCUUACUCACAGAAACAGCAUUACUCCUGCACUAUAUGGCGACACCAACUGGAGAGGGAGGAGUCUUCCAACAUUGCAGCCAUAUCUGCACCUGAAAUGAUCAUACAUCAUUCCCUUUGGCGACCAGUGAGAAACAAAGAAGGGUUAAAAACUGGGUAUGCAUCUAAAAUAAGAUGUAAGUCACUGAAGAUUUUUAGAAGACCUGGCAGACUAUUCAUGCAACCAGUUUCUUCAAAUGAUUCUGAAUCAUACAUGAAUGAAGAAAAAAAGGAAGAAGAUUUACUAAAUAAGUGUAUGCAAUCAAUGUCAAUUGAAGAAAGGGGAGAACAUCUGAUGUUAACUUGACAGUCAUGUGUUGUGGACUGAAUUCAGACACCACCUAACAUCAAGAUAUUGUAUCCCAAAGGGGAAGGCAAGGGACUGUGAAUUGUGWCCUUUAUGUUUAGGAUGGUGUUAUUCACCAUUAAGUCAUGAAUUUUAGUUUGUUCAAAAACUUUACAAUAAUAUGAUUGGUCUGAUAUAGUUCUAUGUACCAUUGAUACUAGUGUAAUAAAAUUUACAUGUAAUAUAUGCUUGUAUUUCUA